ACGUUCCCAUCGGCGACCAGGUGCUGACUCUGGGAGACGGAGACGAAGUCGCCGUAGUGCCGCCGCUUAGCGGGGGCUAAGAGACUUGAGACUAUGUCGAAGGAGCUGAGCGAUGUCUUCAAGCUGAGCCGUGAUUGGCUGUCUGUGCAGGAAGUGGUCGACUCUGUCAGCAGCCCUUCGUGUGGAGCCAUUUCAGUAUUUAUAGGUACCACCCGCGAGGACGAGGCAGACGGCAGGAAGGUGGUUGGACUGGAGUACGAGGCAUAUGAGCCCAUGGCCCAAUCAGAGUUCAACAAGCUGUGUGCUGACAUCAGAGCGCGCUGGCAAAGCGUGACACACAUCUGCGUCCACCACAGGCUCGGGUGGGUGAAGGUGGGCGAAACCAGUGUUGUCAUGGCGAUCUCAUCUCCUCACCGCCAUGACGGCCAGCAGGCGAUCCAGCACUGCAUCAGCCAGCUGAAGGCUAAUGUCCCCAUUUGGAAGAAGGAAGUUUAUGACACGCAGGAGGUGAACUGGAAGGAGAACGCUGAGUGUUCGUGGUCCAAUCAGAAGAAACCGCCAGAAAACACAUUGUCUGAGGGAAAACCUAAAUAAAAAAAUGUGAUAAAACACAGAUACUUGUGGUGGGCGGAGCCAUAAUUAUAUGUUUAGACCAUUUGAGUUUAACUCUAAUUCUCUUCAUUUAAAACACAAUAUUUCAAAAAACUAAUGAUCAUGUAAAGCUUAAAAUGUUUUAAAUUUGUAUUUUUGUAUUGACUGAGUCUGACGGUCACAUAGAUUUUUUCCCCCUAAGAUACUAAAUGUAUGAAUGCUGUAAAAUCUUCCAAAAUGAACUAAAAACCAUCAUCAGAACAUGAAGAAAAAACUGCUGUAAAACUUAGUGUCCAAAAUAUCUGUGUGUUAUCUUGAAGGUAAAAGCAUGUCUGUGCUGUCAUUUGGUGUGAUACCAAUUUAUACCACAAGGUGGAGCAGUGAUUAAGGUUAAAUCUGUAACCUUGAGUGAACCACGUGAGUUAUUAGAUUAUAUUCGUAUCUACAGUGGAAGGCUGGGAAAAGUAAAUCUUGGGGAGACGGAGGAUCUGAAGAUGUAAUAAAGGUUAAAAAAAA